AUUAAUACCCUGGAGACUCAAUGACCUGCGGACCUGCGACGUGAGAGCUGGCAGACUACAACACUAAUAAGAAGAACCGUCUCUUAUUAACUCACACCCCAAUGAUGCCAGUCUGCUGCCUAGCCUUCCAGCGACCGUUACCAGGAGAAACGGAUGCAACCACAAGAAGACUCCAUGUUCAGACCUCAGAUGAUAAACUAUGCUUGAUUAUAAUUGUAUUUUUUUUUACAUUGUGGUUUAGCUAUUAUCUCCACAGUGUGACAUCAUAGCUCAUUCAGCUGGAACUGGAGAAAGUAGAGGCUUGGCUGAGAUAUACGGAUCCUUUUUGUUGGUCUGUCCUGCAACGCUUGCAUGAAAUGUGUGUCAAAAUUCAAGAAAGGAGUGUAUUCGCUGUCGUACUGGGCAGUUGCACGGGAGAUCUGGAGAAUGACCCUUAAGUGAGACCCGAUGUGUGCAACGGUUUGAGCCAGCCCAGCGAUGAGAUAAUCCCACACUUUGCAUCUCGCCAUCCUGCGCAGGAUGACUGCCGUGUGUCCGGCCGAGAGCAGGCCAGAUGGGUCCGCCACCGCUGCAGCAGCAGCAGCAGCGGCGGCGGCGGCGGCAUCAGGGACAUCGGGGACACCGGGUGCAGGAUCGGCUGGCUCAGGGGCUGCGGAGCCCACCAAGGGGGGCCUCAGCUCGGCCUCGGGCCGCGCUGGGACCCUGGAGUCCAUCAGCGGGUCCGCCGGGUGCUCGGUGGGCGGGAGCGGCGGCGUCCCGAGACCCACCCGCUGGAGCCGGCAGGACAGCUCGGACAUCAACACGGACGACGAGGGGGCCACCCUGCGGCGGCUGACCCCCCUGGAGAGACUCAACCUGGACAUGUGCCAGGAUGAGAGGAUUUUGCGGGAGCUUACUGUGGGCAGGAGAAUCGGCUUCUACAAGGUGCGAGGGGAGAUCGGCUCGGGGAACUUUUCCCAUGUGAAGCUGGGAAUUCACUCCCUCACAAAAGAUAAAGUGGCUAUUAAAAUCCUGGACAAGACAAAGCUGGAUCAGAAAACCCAGAGGCUUCUCUCCAGGGAGAUCUCCAGCAUGGAGAAACUGCACCAUCCCAACAUCAUACGUCUAUACGAGGUGGUGGAGACGUUGUCACGGUUACACCUGGUCAUGGAGUAUGCCGGGGGAGGGGAGCUCUACACCAAAAUCACAAUGGAAGGGAAACUCUCUGACAUUGACAGCAAAAUCGUCUUCUCCCAGAUCCUCUCGGCUGUCAAGCACAUGCACGACAACAACAUAAUCCACCGAGAUCUGAAGGCAGAGAACGUCUUCUACACUUGCAGCACGUGUGUCAAAGUGGGCGACUUCGGCUUCAGCACGUUCAGCUCCCGCGACGAGACCCUCAACACGUUCUGCGGCUCGCCGCCGUACGCCGCCCCCGAGCUCUUCCGCGACGAGCACUACCUGGGGGUCUUCGUGGACAUCUGGGCCCUGGGGGUGAUGCUGUUCUUCAUGGUGACGGGCACCAUGCCCUUCAGGGCCGACACGGUGGCCAAGCUGAAGCGCUGCAUCCUGGAGGGGGCCUACACGCUGCCCACCUGGGUGCCCGAGCCCUGCCAGCGGCUGCUCCGGGGCAUCCUCCAGCCGCUGCCCUGCGAGCGCUGCGGAGUGGAGCAGAUGAUGGGCUGCGAGUGGCUGCUCCCGGUGGAUUUCCCGCGCGCCAUGGAGCCCUUCAAGCUGGACCCGUCCUAUCUGGCCGAGGGCGCCGGGCCCUCGGAGCUGGAGGAGGAGGAGGCGGAGGUGCUGGGCGCUCUGGAGGCGCUGGGCAUCACCUCGGAGCACAUCCUGAACAACCAGGGCAAGGACUGCAGGAGCUCCAUCACGGGGGCCUACAGGAUCCUCCUGCACCGGGCGCACAAGCGCCGCGCCCUGGACAGCAUGCCCGUGGUCACACACGUGGUGGAGCCCAGCGCCGGGGCGAAAAAGGAACGCCUCAAGGUCUACCGGGGCUUGAGGCACACCUCGAAACUGUGUGUGAUUCUGUGACGAGCAGCUCUGCCUUUCACCUCGAGGUGUAAGGUAAAUGUUUCAGAUAAUGAUGGGUAUUUAUUGUCAGAGAGUAGGUUGCAUUGAUUGUUUUGGGGUUUCUUACGGGUGUAACUAAGUGCUUUUAGCUGAGGAUUAGCCUGAGAUCUGGUAGCUACAGCCAAUCAGAGUUCAGCUUUAAUCUACUAUUGUAUGAAAUUAGUCUCUGAAAGAGGGUUUUUAUAGUUGGAUCCUUGCCGUCAGUUUUUUUUUGUGGGGAUCUGCAACUGUACUGUAAAAAAUAACAAUGUUAAUUGUUUUUUUCAAAAUUAAGUUAGUUUAUGUUGUACACCGCUGAUAUAACACAUUUGUGGUCAUGUAAAUGACAUAGACAGCCUUGAUUCAGUCCUAUAAUCAAUUAUGCUAUAACACCAGGAAAGCCUAUAAAAUACCGGUUUGUGGUUCUUUGGGAUCAAUCAAAACUCUAUUAUAUGCAGGGUUGAUAAUUGAUUGUGAGGCAAAGACGCGGCCACUCUGUUUAAGAAUGAGUAAUUGCACUGUUUAUAGAUACCCUUCUUUUUCUAUAAAUCUGGUUUGAAGUCACACAGGUUGGCUUUUAUUCGUGUUUAAAGCAUGGCAUGAAAUGGAUUAAGUGCAUUGUUUGAACAAAUCUUGUUUAAUCUAUCUCUAUGAGAUAUUCGCCGUAGAUUUGUUAUGUGUCCAAGGUAAUCAAUACUCGUCUUUGGAAAACUUGAAUAAAUCAUUUGAUAUGAUCAAACUUUAAUUAUUUUAUCUGCUAUUGACAGAUAGUUGGAUUGAGACAUCUAGGGGGGAUUUUUGUUAUUGAAAUCAUGUGAUAAUGGUCUCAUUGUGUGAUGCCAUAUUUUAAACUCAUGUUAAAUAAAUUAUAUUCUAAUAUUAAGUUGAUUUAGUGGAAUAUCUGCCUUAAAGUGCCAUCGGAUUGCCAUGUCAAUGAAAACUCCUGCCGCUGAGUAAAUCACAUUGUCACAUUAACAAACAAAACUCUCACUUCUAUGAUGCGCAUAUGAUCAAUCUGAUGCAAUCGUUUUGUCAAACAAAUCAUUGAUUAGACACGGAAGAGAUAGGGAGCUGAUAUGACAGCCAAAGGAAAUGGAUAUCACGGUUAACUCAAGACUCAAACUUAUAUAUAGGUUUUGCAUAUAUGCAUUCAUGCAUGCAAAGUAUGUCUCCUGCA